CCACCGGAACAACACCGUGACAUUGCGUAUGCGCUGGAGACGUGGGCUUUGUUGAAGAGAUUGCAGCCAGUUCAGCAUUGGCAGGUUCCAUCAUACGCAACUAAAAGCGCGGCGUCCAGCCGUUCAUCAUCCGCCAGGCGCAGGUGGCCCCGCAGGCGCCGGAUCACUGUGCUCCAUCCACCCAGGACCGUGACUGAGGCAGCUGCAGCAGGAGGGGCUCCUUCCCAACUUUGGAGGGUCCAGGUCUCCAUUUUUUGCAUCAUCCAGCGUCACAACAAAUAUCCUCCCAAGCCCGCCGUCAUCGUCAGUUUUUCUCCCUUUCUUUUCUUUUCAAUUCCUCAGUCUCGCAAUUCAAGAUACCCAUCAAACUCAUUCACCAUGUCUACCUCUCUCGAUCAGCUCAAGGCCACCGGCACGGUCGUCGUGUCCGACUCUGCCAUUGCCAAGUACAAGCCCCAGGAUGCCACCACCAACCCCUCCCUGAUCCUCGCUGCCUCCAAGAAGACCGAGUAUGCUCAGCUCAUGGACAACGCUAUUGCCUACGGCAAGAAGCAGGGCGGUGACAUUGACUCUCAGGUCGAGCACGCCCUUGACCGUCUCCUCGUCGAGUUCGGCCGUGAGAUUCUCAAGAUCGUCCCCGGCAAGGUCUCCACCGAGGUCGACGCCCGCUUCUCCUUCGACACCAAGGCCUCCGUCGAGAAGGCUCUCCACAUCAUCAACCUGUACAAGCAGGAGGGUGUCGAGAAGGAGCGCGUUCUCAUCAAGAUCGCCUCCACCUGGGAGGGUAUCAAGGCCGCCGAGAUCCUCCAGCGCGACCACGGCAUCAACUGCAACCUGACCCUCAUGUUCUCCCAGACUCAGGCGAUCGCCGCCGCCGAGGCCAACGCCUACCUCAUCUCCCCCUUCGUCGGCCGCAUCCUUGACUGGUUCAAGGCUGCCAACAAGAAGGAGUACUCCAAGGAGGAGGACCCCGGUGUCGCCUCCGUCAAGUCCAUCUUCAACUACUACAAGAAGUUCGGCUACAAGACCAUUGUCAUGGGUGCCUCUUUCCGCAGCACUGGCGAGAUCACCGAGCUUGCUGGCUGUGACUACCUGACCAUCUCUCCCAACCUGCUCGAGGACCUGUCCAACUCCUCCGAGGCUGUCCCCAAGAAGCUUGACGCCAGCCAGGCCUCGUCGCUCGACAUUGCCAAGAAGUCGUACAUCAACGACGAGGCUCUGUUCCGCUUCGACUUCAACGAGGACCAGAUGGCCGUCGAGAAGCUCCGCGAGGGUAUCUCCAAGUUCGCCGCCGACGCUGUCACCCUCAAGGGUAUCCUCAAGGAGAAGCUGUCCUCAUAGACGGCUUGGACACGACAUCCACCCAAAAUAAAAGAAUAGUAAUCAAGCUCAUUUGUCACGACGGAUAAUGGGUCAUGAACGAAAAUGUUUAUACGACGAUAGACCCAUGAAUGCAAAACCAACUAAAGUUUGAACUCAGUUAUU